AUUAAUAUUGUUUAUACGUAAUUUUCAAAUAUUAACAGUGGGCCUAACUCUACCCCUGCUCACAUGUGCCUUCUUCCCAAACUCUAUUCCUUAGUCACGUAACUAAAUAUAGUCUUUGAAAGCAAGCAAUUUGGAUUCCCUGCCUUGAUGCGCCAGUAUCACCAGCAGUGUGAGGAAUGGGAGUGAUUGCCUGCGGACAAUGCGACUCCGGGUCUGCCUCCUAUGGUCCAACCAGCAGGGCUGCCUGAGGUUCCCUCGGUGGUGUGUAUGUGGGAUGGGGCCACGAGAGUCGGGUCUCAUUCGGCCGGCGGGAUGGUUCUGCUUGACCCUCAUAGGGGGAUCCUCCUAGCCCAAGGAACCCAGUAUCGGUCUAUUGAUGAUCCCCUGGUGGUGGAAGCUCUCGCUCUCCUGGAUGCUACUUCUUGGCUAAUGGCUUCAUGGACGUGCGAUUUGAAGGCGAUGCCAAGGUUAUCAUUGACAGGAUCAAUCAAGCGGAUACCAAGGAUAGUAAGGUUGGGGUAAUUUUGGAUGAGAUUGUGCGAUGUUUGGGUACUCAUUCUGGGUUUAGUUUACGAUUUGUAGGAUAGAAUAACAAUAGGGUAGCCCACGCGGUGGCUAGAAAGACCCUUUCUUUGUAUCCGUCUACGUGUCGUUCUUUUAAUUUUUAGGCCUGGCUGCUUUCCAGGGUGUAACUAUCUGUCUAUCUUGAAUCAAUAUAUGAUUAUCUUUUGAAAAAAAAAAAAAUAUCUGAUUAAAUAUCUGCACAGAUCGCUAAAUCAGUCGUGCAUUCCUCUAUUAUAAACUACUGUAUUUAUC